CGCUUAACCCUCCAUCGCAUCUUCCUCCACGCAUUUCGUCUAACCCGAGCCGUUCUCUCAGUUCGUCCAUCCAUCGGACCACCGCCAUCUUAUUGUCUAGCCGUUCUAUGAACCGCUCCUUCCCCGUCAUAUCUCUCAUUCUAUCUGACUCCAAAAUCUCUUGUAAAUCUCUGUAAUUUCAGUUUUCUCUCUCUCUCUCUCUCUCUCUGUCUCUCUUACAGAGAAAACUCUAAACCUUCGAACUUACUUGCAUCAAUGGAGAGCAAAAGAGAAGGGAACAAAAGCCGAUAACUGCCAUCUUCCUUCUAAUUUCAUAUGCUCAACAAGAUAAUAGUCUGGACAGCAUUUGUUUACAUUCUCUACAGUUUGCAAUACCUAAAUAUUGUCUCUGUCCAGAAAUUUUAAGAUAAGUGGCAAGACGGAUUAGGAGAGAAUCAAGAAUGGCAAAUUACUAUGAUAUUGAUGAUAUUCUCGCGGAAGAAGAGUUUCUUCCAGUUGUAUUCCACAAGGCGGUAAAUGGAGUGAAAAUUGAUGAAAGCACUGAAAGAGGCUAUGUUGAACAAGGUACAAAGGUGGAGCUACCUUUCUGGCUCGCUCGUGAGUUACACUUGAGGCAAUCUGUAUCAAUGAGUGUUCCCGCCUGUUUCAAUCAGAAAACGAGGCUGGAAAUCCAAGCUGAUGCAGCAUGUGUGGAUCUUAAAUCUCGCUGUCCAUACUUUUACGAAUUUGGAUGCAAGCUAGCACCAUUGUGCGAUAAAACCAUUGGAUUGUUGCUCUCUUAUGCAUUUAGAACCCGGUAUAAGGAGGUUUUGUACAAGGCACACACUACAGCAUUUACAGCAACCUCCAAAUUCUGGGCAUUUUUAUCUAAAGAAGAAAGCAACUUGUACGAGGCAGCUCAAUCUUCCAUGGCAGCCUUCAAGAAAUGGCGAAUGGGUGGCCCCAGAUUGCAGAGAGCGUCAAUUCUUGGGAGGAAGAGAAAACCAACAGACUAGGGGAUAUUUCUAAUUUGUAGUUACUCUCACUCAGACAUUCAUGCUUUGAUGUUAAUUGAGUCUGAAGCACAAAAAAAUCGUAAUUUGUACUAUAAAAGCUUCUCCUUUUCUGUUUUCUGUUUUC